AUGGUAAUGGAUUAUUCUCUUGAUAACCAUAUCUCCGUGGCUGCUGCUGGCAGUAGCAACGGGUCGGUUGUUUCUGCAAUUCAACCCCCUACAGUCCACCCAGCUACUUAUACUACAAAUAAUUCUAGCUCCAAUGGUGCAUCAGCUUCUCAGAUCGCUUACACUCCAACUUCAAACACUCCUGUAUCAUAUAACACUACUGCCCCACAAUAUCAACAUCAGGUACAACAAGGUUAUUCCUCAAGCUAUGCUGGCUAUACCUCUGGCUACCCCUACAAUAAUGAAUACAGUAGUGGAGUUUAUGGUGAUCAACAUGCCAAUGGAGCUCUUGCUGCUGCCACUGCUGCUGCUAGUGCUAGUAAUAGUGCCUCGGCAGUACCUCCAGCAGUUGCAAAUGCUGCUCCUGGAGGUAGUUUCUCCUACCUCGAUUAUGUUGCCUCGCCUAUCUCGAACUCCACAGUCGGGGCUACGACUGCUCUGAAUGUUUAUCCAUAUUCGCAACAACAACAACAACAACAACAACAACAACACCAAGUUUCUAGUAAGCCUUAUUCUGCUACACCAUCUGGACAAACUUCAGCCACUCUGAUUAGCGGUUCAUUGUACCCUUCAAGUGCACAUGGUAGUUUUGCCAAUGGAUCUUCGGUGUCACUGUCAAUCUCUGGAUAUCCUUAUGCUACUUCAGAUGCCUACUAUCCUCAGCUGUCCCAGAUGAAAGGUCAACAAUUGCAACAACAACAGCAACAACAACAACAACAACAACAACAACAACAGCAACAACAACAGCAACAACAGCAACCGUAUUUCCAACAAUCCUACGUGUUUAACGGCGGUACCUACCCUUCAACUCUGGACUUGUUCACAUACAAUACUGGUAUGGUUGCAGCUCCUACAGCUGUUAAUGAGUAUGCUGUGCACAGAGAAGAGGAUCCAUUAUCACCAACCUCGAAACCACAGGUGCAAUAUGCUAAUUCAUCCUCAUUAGUAUCAUCACAGAUUGGCUUGACUGGAGUUUACAAUGGUAUGUACAGCAAUUUACACCAUAACUCUACUUCAGGAUACGAGACUGGGAAUCCUCGUGUUAGUUUGGGCAAAAGAAGACACACUGAGUAUCAGAUGCAUCAUAAACAGUUACCUAUCAUCGCUGAGGUGCUUAAAGAGAAGUUUGCUAUGGACGAGUUGGAAAGGCCGCGCAGGAAGUUGCCCAAGAACUUGUUACAGUGUACUCAUUGCAGUAUUACAUUUGAGAACUACUUACAAUUGGCCGAGCAUGUAGAUGCUUACAAGUUGGAACGUAAUUUCAAGUGUCCUAUUGAAUCGUGUGUGUUCCACUACAUUGGCUAUAAUAAGAAGGCUACCUUAAGACAUCACUUGAUCAAUGAACAUUUUCAUAAGGGUAAAAUCAAGGAUGACUUGAAGGCAAAUGAUGCCAUCUAUGGGUUGAUUUAUAAGUGUAAGCAAAAAGGCUGCGAAAAAUGCUUCUACAGAAGAGACUCACUUACCAGACAUAUUUUGCUAGUUCAUGAUAAGCAUCGGAAACAUCAGUCAAGAGCAUUCAGUACUUCAUUAGGACUGUUGAGUUCCUCCUCUACUUCAGGAGCAUCUUCUGUACAUUCAACGUCUGAAAUGAAUGGAGGCGAUAUGCAUGUUGGUGCCGCUAUGGGGUCUAUGCUUCCACCAACAUCGCAUUCUCAUUCAGUAGGUUCAAUUUCAGACCCUUCUGUAAUGUCGAUGUCGUCUACUACCCCCAAAAUCGAAACAGAUAUUUUGGGAGGGUCAUCCCUUAAACGAAGUCAUUUGGGGGAUCAAUUGAAUCUUUCACCGAUUCCCGUGAACCAAGGUUUAGCUCCAAUGGCUGAACAGUCUAUUUCUAAUUUGUAA